AUGGCCACCGUUAUCGAGUCGUCAUGCAGCCCGACACCUGUCCCAGGGAGCAAUGCCGACAAUGGGGAUUUCCAUAGCCCUAAAACAGAUCUCGAAGCACAGCAGAGUACAGCUUGUUCGGGGGAAACGAGCCAAUCUACAAGUUCGCAAAAUAUUAGCAGUGACUACGGUCUACAGGACAACACAAAUGUGCCCCAACUCUCUCUACUGCGAUUAUUUUGGUUCUUCUUCUACAACUUUGGGCUCUUUGCCUGGGGGGGGCCUGUAGCACAAAUCUCCCUGAUAAAAGAGCACUUGGUGCUUAAAGAAAAAUGGAUCACACUCCCACGCUUUCAACGCGUCUUUGCUGUCUACCAGAUCCUUCCAGGCCCGGAGGCAGCAGAGCUAUGCAUGUUCUUCGGGUGUCUCUCAGCUGGUCGCUUAGGUGGGAUUGUCGCUGGUCUCGCCUUUAUCUUACCCGGAUUCCUUCUUAUGCUUCUUGCAUCUUAUCUAUAUACUCUGGCUGGCCUAGAGAACAUUUACUUCAAUGCUUCCUUCCGGGCUAUCCAACCGAUUGUCUCUGCCAUGAUCCUUCGAGCCACACACAAGAUCGCAGACCACUCUAUACUCGACCACGACACUCAUAAAACAAAUCCGUACCUUGUCAUCGCAGGGCUCUGUACGGCGCUGAACAGUGCUCUUCGCAUCAAUAUCUUCAUUUCCCUCGGUCUCUACGGCGUAAUAUACAGCUUCAUAUCCCGAGGCAAACGAAUCAUCGCCCUAUGCCUCUUCAUUCUCCAGUACGUCGUAUACGCGAUCUACGUGGUUUUCCGAGGUGUCCCAUCACCGAUUUCCCUCGCUCUCGGAAUAGCCAAAGACCCCUCUCUUCCCAACCUAUUCGCACUUGGACUGGUAGCCGGAAGCCUCUCUUUUGGUGGCGCAUACACCGCAAUACCCUUCAUCCAGGUCGAAGCCGUUCUCAAGGGUGCGUGGCUUCCCGCGCGCAUUUUCCUGGAUGGCAUCGCAAUUGGGAAUAUUCUCCCCGCCCCGCUUGUGAUCUUUGCAACUUUUGUCGGGUUUCAGGGCGGUUUGGCGGAUGACAGCCUUGGGACAGCUUUUGCCGGCGCGGUGGUUAUUACUAUUGGCAUGUUAUUCCCCUGCUUUGUGUUUACGAUUGCUGGACAUGACCUGUUGGAGAAGCUUGUACGCAAUAAGUUCCUUUCGGCCUUCUUUGACGGUCUUUGCGGGGCUGUCAUCGGUGUGAUCGCUAUUAUAGCGCUGCAGACGUUGCACUCGAGUCUUGAAGUCUCCGACUCAACGACAGCAGCUGUUUUACCGCAAAACGUCAUAAACGCUGAGAGCGCUUCUGCUGCUGUACUCUACGUCGUUGCGCUGGCAGUCCUCUACAAAUUCACCAACAAGUAUACACCACUGCUUCUUGUUGCUGUCGGUGCUAUUGCAGGACAGUUUUUGUUCGUUUGA